AGUGCAGGCCAGCCCCGCCCACAGAGAGGCGCUUUGCUCCACGUUUGCUCUUUCUCGCGGGGUGCUUGCAAACUUUGACCGCUGGCACCGGGCUUUUACGCAUGCGCCGUCCUUUGAAUGUUGAGCGUUCUGAUUCUAGCUGCCGCAGUCGCAGGGCUACUGAUCUUGCUAAUCGUUCGACUAUGGGUCGUGCUUUGGCCCCUUCACGUCACUCCGCGAGAGUCUCUCCGGCUUUUGAUAGUAGCUGGAUCCGGUGGACACACCACCGAGAUGUUGAGGCUGGUUGGAAGCCUGUCCAGUGCCUACUCACCAAGGCAUUAUGUCAUUGCUGAGUCUGAUGAGAUGAGUGCCAAGAAAAUUCACUCUCUUGAACUCGCUCGGGCCCAGAGUGACUCUACUACUGAGUAUACCAACUACCACCUUCACCGAAUUCCCAGAAGCCGGGAGGUUCGGCAGACCUGGCUGUCCUCCAUCUUCACCACCCUGUACGCCAUGUGGUUUUCCUUCCCACUGGUUCACCGAAUAAAGCCAGAUUUGGUGCUAUGUAACGGACCAGGAACUUGUGUGCCUAUCUGUGUGUCUGCCCUGCUCCUUGGGAUACUUGGAAUAAAGAAAGUGAUCAUUGUCUACGUCGAGAGCAUCUGCAGAGUGGAGACUUUGUCCCUGUCGGGGAAGAUUCUGAGGCACCUCUCCGAUCACUUCAUUGUUCAGUGGCCCACUCUUAAGGAGAAGUACCCGAAGUCUGUGUACCUGGGGCGAAUUGUUUGACAAAUGGCAACCCCAAGUCUUGAGAACAUUACAAUUACCGAUAAUAUUUGCUAUAGUAUCUUUAAAGUUUCUCAAAUGCCCAAAGAAAUAUCAAUGGUAAAGAAUUUAAAAUGUAAAAAAAUAAUUCAAUGAAGAAAGACAAACUUUAGCAUAUAAUACUCACCAAAUAGCUAUGUCUGUACACAAAAACAUUUUUCUAAAUAAAAAUGUACAUAAUACUACUUGCAUGUCUCAAGAUUUUCCCUGUCCAAUCACAUUAGUGCAGAGGAGGUCUGUGAUUGGACAGGGAAAAGGGAGGCGGAGCUAAGAGUUGCAAAGAGAGAGGGAGCUUCUCAGGUCUCAGGGUAGGAAGAGAAGGAAGAUGGCUGCAGCCGGGAACCCAAGUGGUGUUUACCACCCACAAGUAGUUGUGGUAUCAUAAGGGUAGAUUAAUUGGGAUAAAACUUUUAUCAUUAUCAACUGACUCUGAGAUUAUUAUAUUGGCAUCUUGUAAAUUGUGAUAUUAUUAAUACAUAAAUUUGAUUGGUUAGUUAAGUUUUAAGAGUGUUGAUUUUACCGGCUUACUGGAAAUUGUGAUAUGUAACCGUGGGGUUGAUGGUUUCAUUUAGUUAUUGGAAUGUGGGAUUGCCGACUGCGUGUGUUUAUGGCUGAGGAAGAACUAGCAGCACCAGGAACACGCAAACGAGAGCUGGGGACACAGCGAUCAAUCGAUCGGGCACAGUGGGGACAAGCUGGAGAGAGCGGCAGGAGUGCGGGAGUGUGGUCGGCCCUGCAGAGAGCUGGCGGGCACCUUUUUUAAUCUUUCCUGCAACACUCCCAGGUUCUCUUUGGACUCUUAACAGCUAUGGGUUUUUUUCCUCUUGACCUAAAUAUAGAGUGUGUAUGUUUAGUAACAUUUCCUGUUUUACAGCUUUAAAUAAAACAAAAGUGUUCUACAUUAUAAAAAGAAAGUACAGGAUAAGGUAGGUGGGAGGUAGGUAUUGUCAUCUGUGACCCCCGCUCAGGCCACCGGUGAGGGAGGAGGAUCAGGGCCUCCUGGUGUAAGGAACUGGGGACAGGGAAGUGAGGGGUGGGGGGGCUAGAGAACAGGGCAUCCCCUUGGUCUUGUUCAGACGAGUCGGGCUUUAAUCCUUCUGCUGAAGCAUCUCAGUGAGCUAUCUCAGCGUAAAUGAAGCAUGAGCUAUCACAGCAUAAAGGAAGCAGUUUGUUAAACUGGUUUCUUGUCCAUUUACACUCCACAGACGUCCAGAUCUCUGACUGUAAACAAGUGUCUUCCUUAUCCUUCAGUGUGCUUUUAUGUGUUGUUGGCCUGGACCCAGACUGUAUUUUAAUCUCUGUUUGGUUAAAAUAUUGGCAGUGUCUUCACAAUAAAAACAUGAUUCUAUCGGUCAGGAA